GCCCCUUUGCCAGCAGUCUCUGGGCGGCGGACCGGUCCAUCUUGGGCACGUCAAACGGAAUUCCUAUCUUGAUCCCAGAAUCUUCCUCCUACUGGUCUGCCACAAUGCUGCUGCUGCACAGAGCUGUGGUCCUGGGCCUCAGACAGGCCUGCAGACUCAAGUGUACCCACUCAAGGCUCUGCAUUCAGGCCUGCUCUACAAAUGAUUCAUUUCAGCCCCAGUGCCCCAGCCUUGCCUUCUCUAGAGAUAACUCCAGCAGCAGAUGGAGAGUCAUGGGAACCCUGCUAGGCCUCGGGGCAGUGUUGGCCUAUCAUGACCACCGAUGCAGGGCUGCUCAGGAGUCACCUCGCAUAUACACGCGGGAGGAAGUAAAAUCCCACAGCAGCCCUGAGACUAGGAUCUGGGUGACUCUGGGAUCUGAGGUUUUUGAUGUCACAGAAUUUGUGGACCUACACCCAGGGGGGCCAUCAAAGUUGAUGCUGGCAGCCGGGGGUCCUCUAGAGCCCUUCUGGUCCCUCUACGCUGUUCACAACCAGCCCCACAUACGUGAGAUACUAGCUCAGUACAAGAUCGGGGAGCUGAGCCCUGAAGACAAGGUGCCCUCCACCUUGAAGACCUCCGACCCUUACGCUGAUGAUCCUAUACGUCACCCAGCUCUGAAGGUAAACAGCCAGCGUCCCUUUAAUGCAGAGCCUCCCCCUGAGCUGCUAACAGAAAACUACAUCACACCCAACCCUAUCUUCUUCACCCGAAACCAUCUGCCUGUACCUAACCUGGACCCAGACACCUAUCGCCUGCAUAUUGUAGGACCACCUGGGGGUCAGUCACUGUCCCUGUCCCUGGAGGACUUGUAUCAGUUCCCCAAGCACGAGAUCACGGCCACUCUACAGUGUGCUGGCAACCGGCGCUCUGAGAUGAAUCAGAUAAAACAAGUAAGAGGUCUGGAAUGGAGUACAGGGGCCAUUAGCACUGCACGCUGGGCUGGGGCACGACUAUGCGAUGUGUUAGCCAAGGCUGGUCACCAACUCUGCGAUACUGAGGCCCAUGUCUGCUUUGAGGGACUAGACUCAGACCCCACAGGAACUGCCUAUGGAGCAUCCAUCCCUCUGGCUCGGGCCAUGGACCCUGAAGCUGAGGUUCUGUUGGCAUAUGAGAUGAAUGGGCAGCCUCUGCCUCGUGACCACGGCUUUCCUGUGCGGGUUGUGGUUCCUGGUGUGGUGGGUGCCCGCCAUGUCAAAUGGCUGGGCAAAGUGAGUGUAGGACCAGAAGAAAGUUACAGCCACUGGCAGCGGCGAGAUUACAAAGGCUUCUCUCCAUCUGUGGACUGGGACUCUGUAGAUUUUGACUCAGCUCCAUCUAUUCAGGAACUUCCUGUCCAGUCAGCCAUCACAGAACCCAAGGAUGGGGAGAUCGUGGCGUCAGGAGAUGUGACUGUCAAAGGCUAUGCAUGGAGUGGUGGUGGAAGGGCUGUGAUCAGGGUGGAUGUGUCCCUGGAUGGGGGCCUAACCUGGCAGGUGGCUGAGCUGGAUGGGGAGAAACAGUGCCCCCAAAAGGCCUGGGCCUGGCGGCUAUGGCAGCUUCAAGCCACUGUGCCACCCGGGAAAAAGGAAUUGAACAUUGUAUGUAAGGCUGUAGAUGACAGCUACAAUGUGCAGCCAGACACCGUGGCCCCAAUCUGGAACCUGCGAGGUGUGCUCAGUAACGCCUGGCACCGUGUCCAUGUCCAUGUCGCCCCAUAAGAAAGUGAAAUGGAACCAUCUAGUCCCCAGAACCACCUUCUCAGCGCCUUUCCACACCCUUUAGCCUCAUUUCCACAGGAAAACCUUUCCCAUCUCUCCACUCCUUGGAUCAGAAACUUGUACUAUGCCUUCCUAAGCCACACGUACGUACACAGUGCACAUUUCCACCCAGGCAAAACCCUCCUUUGAUACUGUCAUAUAUUUCUGGCCACUGAACCUUAGCCAGGAGGUGAGAGCUGUUGGGAGAAAGUGGGCUAGAAGUGGGAAAAGUAUUUCUGGAUACAAGCACUAUUUUUCUCUUCCUACUCCACCUCCUCUUCUAAUGUUUAUCACCACUGAGGCCUUAUUUUGCUUUUCUUCUUGGAUUCUUCAGAGAAUGUAGAUUUAUGUAGGAAAAGUAAGUAUGUGACUUUUCUACUGCCUCUCUGGGUUGCCAGGGGUAUGAGUAGUGCAAUUCUCUUCCUUUAUAGUUACAUUUUUAUAAAUAUAUCAAUAAAGCAUCUGUUUAAAACUACAACACUGAAAAAAAAAGAUAAUUUUGGGGAACUCAAGACAGGAGUGAGCAUGCAGCAGGAGGGAGGUGCACUGGUACUGGGAUGUGCAGUGAGAGAUAAUCCCAAACAAAAGCUGGAGGAAAUGGAGAAAGGAAACAGGUGCAGGGGUCAAGAAGUGGGGCUUCCUUCUCUGAAGUUUGUCAACAUCUGUUAUGUAGGUGACUGACGUCAAGAGAUCCCCCCAGAGCAAAAAAGUAUCUGCCACUUUAAACCCCUCCCCCUCACAAGUCCUACGCACUUGACAGGAAAGGCAAAGAAUGGUUAAGAGGUUAAAGUUAAUAUUGUCUUGAGGUUCAAGGGCAAAAUAUGGCCUUAGGGGCAGAUGUGCCAGGACACGUGAGGUGCCCAGAGGGUGCCCAGUUUGCAAAUUAGAUGCAAAUGAAGGGGCAGUCAAGAGUUAUCCUCUGCCUGAGACCGCGCCUUUCGGACUUGAAUCUUUCGGCGCUCAGCUACUCUCCCCUAGCUCCUCCUUUCCCCAGCAAUUUCCCUGGCUUGGGGCGCUCG